UGUUUUUUAUUGCGACGGGUUCAGCACCCACGCCCCAUCAUCCCUCGACGCGUGACUUUACCGAAAGAGCCAAUGAGUGUACAACGAGUUGAGUCAUUCCUGCAGUUGACGAAAGCUUCAAUUCUCGAAUAAGUUAUUCAGUUACCCAGCCCCGCUCGUUGGGGGCGUGUCUUGUACCUCGGAAGUGAAUAUCACGUCACAUCCUGCUGCCGCCAUAACGUAGCGAGGUAACGAGAGGCUGCCGUUGAAAUCUGAGUCUCACGCAGUGUGCAUGCUGACGUCACACAUCUCCCACCCUCCGCGUUGGCCGUGGAUUCAUUCAAGACAAGAAUCCAAGUCUCGGACGAAGCCAGCUGUCGCUUCCUCUGACGCUUCCUCUGCAGAAUUGGUCUGAUGGAGCACAGGCAGUCAGCGCGGCUCGGUACGGCAAGGCAACAAUCCGACCAGCGUGCAUACAGCACGGAUCGGACUGAAAUUUUGACACAGCAUCAGAAAAAACACACGGGAGAAAAACCCUUCAAGUGCACUCGGUGUGAUAUGGCGUUUGCAGAUUCAUCAACUCUUCAAAGACACCAGAGAAAACACACGGGAGAGAAACCCUUCAAGUGCAUUGUGUGUGGGAAGGCAUUUUCACAGUCAUCUAAUCUUGCAAAACACAAGAGAACACACACAGAAGAGAAAUCCUUCAAGUGCAGUGUGUGUGGGAAGGCAUUUUCACAGUCACAAUAUCUUGCACGACACCAGAGAACACACACAGGAGAGAAACCCUUCAAGUGCAGUGUGUGUGGGAAGGCAUUUUUACGGUCACAACAUCUUACAAUACACCAGAGAACACACACAGGAGAGAAACCCUUCAAGUGCACUCUGUGUGGGAAGGCAUUUUCACAGUCAUAUGAUCUUGCAAAACACCAGAGAACUCACACAGGAGAGAAACCCUUCAAGUGCAGUGUGUGUGAGAAGGCAUUUUUACAGUCACCACAUCUUGCAGCACACCAGAGAACACACACAGGAGUGAAACCCUUCAAGUGCAGUGUGUGUGGGAAGGCGUUUGCAGGUCCAUCAAAUUGUCAAAUACACCAGAGAACACACACAGGAGAGAAACCCUUCAAGUGCAGUGUGUGUGGCAAGGCAUUUUCACAGUCAUCUGAUCUUGCAAUACACCAGAGAACACACACAGGAGAGAAACCCUUCAAGUGCAGAGUGUGUGGGAAGGCAUUUUCACAGUCCUCAAAUCUUGCAACACACAGGAGAACACACACAGGAGAGAAACCCUUCAAGUGCAGUGUGUGUGGGAAGGCAUUUUUACAGUUGCAACAAAUUGCACAACACCAGAGAACACACACCGGAGAGAAACCCUUCAAGUGCAGUGUGUGUGGGAAGGCAUUUUCACAGUUACAACAUCUUGCACGACACCAGAGAACACACACAGGAGAGAAACCCUUCAAGUGCAGUGUGUGUGGGAAGGCAUUUUCAGAGUCAAGUGAUCUUGCAAAACACCAGGGAACACACACAGGAGAGAAACCCUUCAAGUGCAGUGUGUGUGGGAAGGCAUUUUCAGAGUCAAGUGAUCUUGCAAAACACCAGAGAACACACACAGGAGAGAGACCCUUCAAGUGCAGUGUGUGUGGGAAGGCAUUUUCAUACUCAUCUGUUCUUGCAAGACACCAGAGAACACACACAGGAGAGAAACCCUUCAGGUGCACUUUGUGCGGGAAGGCGUUUGCACGUUCACAACAUCUUCAAGAACACCAGAGAACACAGAAGCAUCAGAAGAUCCACAAGGAGUGGAGUCUGAAAUCAGCUUGUGAAAGUCAAAGUGCCGUAAGGAGCCCAUCCCUCAUGAAACAAGUACCGGAAGAAAAUCCCAGUUUGGGCACUUUAAAAGGUGUCAAGGCGGAAUUUGAAGAGGUGAUUGUGAAAUGUGAAGAGGUGACGUUGAAGAGCGAAGAAGUGAAGGUAAAAUGUGAAGAUGAAAAUUCGACUCCAGAAUGGGACCUUCACAUCGGUGGAGGCAACGUGAAGCAAGAGGGGAAUUCUGACUGUAAGGCAGAGCGGGGCAACUCACAGCAGUUUGUGGAAGUGGAGGUGUGGGUGGACUUCCUAGACAAUAUAAAGUCAAAUGGAGACCCGGUAGAUGUGUAAGCUUGAGACGAUGUCGCUUCCAAUAGAUGCACCUUUGUCACAGGCCUUUAAUGAAAAUAACGUGAAGUAGAACAUUGAAAUCUUAGGUUCAACCUGCAGGGUAAGAGCGGCCAAUCUUGGGGGAUCUGUUGGUUGGGUAGAUAUCUCACCAGGAGCUUCGGUGUUUCACACUGAACCCUAUGGGAGCAUUCAUCUGGCUCUUGUGAGCCUCAGCGAUUCACACUGAAGCCUAUGGGAGCCUUAGUCUUGCUCUGUGAGCCUCGGUAAUUAACACUGAACGCGAUGGAUGGGAGCCAGUGACAUGGCGUGAGGUCAGUGGCUGGGGAGGCACUGGGGGCGUGGCCUCACCGGUGUGUCUGACACGCCCACCCCCCUCAGUGAGGCAGAUGUGAUAGCUGCCUCCCCUGGUGCUUUUUCAUUGCAGUUUCAUGACGAGACCAGCGAGCCUACGUAUCUUUAUGCACAUACAGUAGAACCUCUGUUCGCGAAUGCUUCUGACCACGACCAAAUUGGGUAUCGACCAAAACAUUUACAACAGUUUAUUUAAUCUGGUCACGAACACAUACUCGGGUGGAGAUCAAACAGGGCCGCGGCCGAUUUCCCCUUCCGCGCCAUUUUUGUUGUUGAAUUACACAAAGCGUAACAGUUAUGUAUAUAUCUUUUGUAAUAUAAAAUUCCUAGUAAGAUAUGUAUACAUUUUGUAAGUGUAGUCAUACCCCUCCUUCCUCAUUCAAGCCAUAGUUUAGAGAGCGAAAGCGCUGAGUACGUCAAUCGCUAACAUAACCCGUUAAUCUCUUCUCGCAUCAUUAAUACGAUGAUGCGGUGAAGUAAACGUUCAUACAAUAUUACGGUGAAUGCUUCCAAAAACAAUACUGUACCCAAAUAUUACUGUUAACUUUCAAUAGAAACAUAAAUUCCUCAUACGAAUAUGCUCUCUCAGAAUCGACCGACUGAUGUAGCAGACGAAACAGUAAUCUUGUUGAACAAUUCUAAACCUUGUCAGUUUUCUCUGUUUUUCAAGGUUUUCUCAGUGUUAUGCAAUGUUUUUACAUUUAGUUUACUAUUACAAUGAAUUCUAUGGCAUAAUUAACUAUUUUUGUCUUUAAAAAUAUUUUAAAAACUUUAUAUACAGUUCGUAGGAGUCUGGAAUGGAUUAAUCGUAUUAACAUACAAUCCAAUGGGGAAAUUAGGUUUGAGUCACGACCAAAUCGGGUUGCGACCAAAGUUAUGGAACGAAAUUAUGGUCGUGACCAGAGGUUCUACUGUACUUGAACUCAGUUACCUGGACUAUGGAAGGCGAGGACAUGCAAUGAAGGGGUCUACAAACAUUCCAUUGGUGACAUGCUGAGAUAGUAACAGGCAAGCCCUUACUGCCCGCGGUCCAUCCAGUGUCUGAGGGGAGGCUGAGCGCGUCGCUGCCUCACCUCUCGUCUCUCCCUGUACUUGCAGCGAAGCUCUGCAAAUUUGGCGAUUUUGACUAUAAAUAAAUAAAUAAAACACUUGUUUUUUCAUACGUGCUUUUAUGAAAUGUACUAGUAAUGGCAGAACUCCACGACUCCAGGAAAUGGCCCCGAAGCUUGCCAUAACGUAAGGGACAGUGGCCAAUUAUAGCCAACGUCAGUUGACUGUGGGGACAAUUAGACCGAAACAUAACAUAUAAAAAAGAAUGUUUAAAAAUAUAUUUUUUUUAAUGAUAGAAUAUAGUAUUGUCAUCAGUAUGACAUAAGUAUACCAAGUUUGCAGUCGAUACCACAUUGGGAAGUUGGUUAAAAUUGAGUUACAAGAUUUGAGAAUACGACAAAAACGACAACAGACAGUUAAAAUAAAAUAUUUUAAAAUACUUUUUUUAAAAACACGCUUUAAUGAAAUGUACUGUCCGAGCUGCCCCUGCCCCCUUCUCUCAUCGCUCCUCUUCCACAUGCCCCGGCCCUGGGCGUGGCUCCCCAAGGCUUGCCGUGACGUAAGGGACCGCGGUGAUUUACAGGCAACGUCAGUUGAGCGUGGACAAUUAGAGCCGUAAAAAAGAUUGUAAAAAAAUAUGUAUUUAUUUUUAAUGAUAAAAUAUGGUAUUGUCAUCAGUAUGACACACCUAUACGAAUUUUGCAUUCGAUACAUUGGGAAUACGGUUGAAAUUGAGUUACAAGAUUUUUGGAUACAACACAUACAGUAAAUUUAAAUAAAAGCGUGUUAAAUGUAAAAAAAAAUCUAUGUUAUGGAUUUUGUAUGAUAUAAUAUCGUGUUGUCAUCAAUAUGACAUCGCUAUACCAAGUUUGCAGUCGAUAGCACAUUGGGAAGUGUGUAAAAUUUGAGUUAGAAGAUUUCGUUUUUGAGGAUACAACAGACGAAGUGAGUUAAAUAGAAGCGUGUAAAAAUGAUUGGAAUCAUCUUCUUGGUUCUUUCGGUAAAGUCACGUAGAAGGGAAAUAAUAAAAAUAAAACUUUUUAAAAUAAUUCUCACGACGUUUCGGCCACAACGCAAGCAGCCGUCCUCAGGUGACAGACCUGCUUGCGUUUUGGCCGACACGUGAGAAUUUUAUUUUAGUAUGUUUUAUUUAUUGUUUUAUUAUUUCCCUUUUACGUGACUUUACCGAAAGAACCAAGAAGAUGAAUCCCUGCAGUCACGAAAACUUUAAAUCGAAAAUGAUUGGAAUCGUACAGAAAUGACAUAACACCCAAUUUCAAAGCAGAUGCGAUCCACCCUUCUGAAACGCCCUGUAAUUUACGAGUUUUGAAUAAUUGUAACCAAACACAAUAAACCAGACACGUGAAUUUGUGAACUUU